UCCGGUCCCACCUCUACUGCAGAUGAUAAGUGCAAACAUUUUAAGUAGGUUGACAUUUUAAAAGACGCUUUACGCUUAAAAUUUUGUGCAGGAACAGGCCGCCGAAAACAUGACUGACGAUUGCCCGACCGUUGUGGCCCGGUUGCCGGUUAGCAGCGAGCAGAUAACGUUCCACGACUGGGACAUCAGCUACGAGAAGUCGCACAUCCUGAAGAGUAUCUGCAAGCUGGGCAUUGGGCAGAGCUGCUCCAAGGAGGACGCCAACCGCUGUGAUCUCUGCCAUUAUCAGCACUCACUGGAGCUACCCCACCUGCCCGACAUGGUGUUUUACAAAAACAAGUUGGUGCUGAAGCACAAGGACGGCGCCCUGAUUGAGUUUAAGCCCAUGGACUCACUGACCAUGGUCGCCAACGGCAAGCAGCCAUUGGAAGUGGCCUGCGCCCAAGAGUGGCGCGAAACACGCCCAGAGCAGACCAUGGAGGAGAAAUUCAAGCCCUUUGACUGGACAUUUACAACUACUUAUCAGGGCACCAUGAACGAAAAAGUGCGAACCGAGAGCACAGACCAGAAUAUUAACAAGUCCAAGCUGAUGCAGCGCGAGAACAUCAUCUUCUACCACGAUCUCACCCUAUUUGAAGAUGAGCUGCAUGACCACGGUAUAUCGGUAAUGAGUGUGCGCAUCCGCGUUAUGCCCUCUGGUUUCUUCAUACUUCUGCGCCACUUCCUACGCGUGGACGGCGUGCUCAUCCGGAUGCACGACACCCGGUUUCACCACGAGAUUGAAAACGACUUUAUCUUAAAGGAGUACAUUCACAGGGAGGCGCCCUGGGCCGAGGUCCUGGCUUAUACUGUCUAUUGGACCAACCCAGAUGAGAUGCAGAACUACCUGCCUGUGAAAUCCAAGGAAUUGCACAAGCUAUACUUUAAAUAGUUCCAUAUAUUAUCAGGACCAAUUGCCAAGCUCCGGUUCUCAGGCCCAAGGCUGUUUUCCAAAUUGUAUUCCCAAGACGAAGAUGAAGAACGUAAGCGAUUCAACUUUAUAUUCGUCUUGAUCUCUUCAUCUUCGUCUUCCAGCGCAUUCACAAAAUCCCACAGCAUAGUUUUUUGCCAUUAACCAAGAACUCUUGCUAAGUGCGGUUGUUUAUUGCCACCACUGUGCGCAUGCGCAGACAUUAAAAGCGAUUCUCCUACAAGGCACACUA